GCCGGACAAGGCGGCGGCGGGCGAUGGGGCCAACGCGGAGAUCCUGCUGCCCCGGCGCGGGGAGGAGCAGCCUCCCCCAAUGCAAACCAGGAGGUCGUCUCUCAGUGGGGUGUGCUACUUGACUAUGGGCCUCAUUGUUUUGCUUCUGGGCCUUGUGUUUGCCUCCAUGUACGUGUACAGAUAUUUCUUCAUUACCCAGUUUCCCCAGCUUCCCCGGGAGAGUGUGUUCCACUGUGGUGUCCUCUACGAAGACUCCCUUUAUUCUCCAUUCAAGGGGCAAUUGGAGUUGCAUGAGGAUGUGAAGAUUUACAUCGAAGAGAACUAUGAACAGAUCAAUGUCCCUGUGCCCCAGUUUGGAGGGAGUGACCCUGCAGACAUAAUCCAUGAUUUCCAGCGGGGACUGACAGCCUAUCAUGACAUAGCCCUGGAUAAAUGCUACGUGAUUGAGCUGAACACCACCAUUGUGAUGCCACCUCGCAACCUGUGGGAGUUGCUGGUCAAUGUGAAGAAAGGGACAUACCUGCCUCAAACCUACAUAAUCCAGGAGGAGAUGAUUGUCACGGAGCAUGUCAGUGACAUGGAACAGCUUGGCUCCUUUAUCUACCGCCUCUGCAGUGGCAAAGAGACUUACCGGCUGAAGCGUAGGACUGCUAGGAGACGUAUCAAUCGGCGUGAGGCUGGAAACUGUAAUCACAUUCGCCACUUUGAAAACACUUUUGUGGUUGAAACUGUUAUCUGCAAGAAGUUGUGAAUCCUGCUUUCCAAAUGUAACUUUCCUCUGCUUUGCUUGCACACACACAUGCAUACACACACACGCACAUACAUAGACCCCCUCCUAAGAAGUACUAAUCUAUCUUACUUUUAUAUACACCCUUCCCCACUUGUGCAGUACUAAUUUCUCCAACCCCAUGUUACCACACAUUGGAUUCUAUUGUCUCUGUACUGUGUGUAAUAUAUACUUGAGACUCUUUGCUGGGCUUAAAUUUAUACAGUAAUCAAAAUGAAAGAUCUCAUGAGUAGAUGCAGCUUUUUAUGAUCACUGCAGGACAGGAGUUUCUUCUCAGGGGGAAAAGCAAGAGAGCUAGAAGCAGAAGGUAAGGAAUAGCAGGCACUGAUAAGUUUUACUCUGAGUCAGUGGAUGAUGUCAUGCAGACAUAGUAUUUUGAGGUAACAUUGGCACAGAAAAGCCAGAAUGCCUCUAAGGAAAGUUAUAAUUUUGGUCCUGAUGCAGUAACUGCUAGAACGGCGUUAGAUGCAUCUGAGUAACUGUUAUGGGGUGUGGGGAGGUCAUCAACUCAGAAUGGUUGCAGAUAGGAAAUUUCUGCAAAAAUGUAAUAAUAGAACUAAAUAUAUGUUCUUGUUUGAGGUCAUCCAGUGAAGGCGUCUGAAGAACCCAUUUCAUAAAUGUCUGAUGUAACCUUUAUACUCUGUUGGUGUGACUUCAUCUGAAAGUACUGCAUAGUGUAUAUAUUUUGAGUUAAGGACACCUGACCUGUGAACCAUGUUGCAGGUUAUGCCAUGUCAUGGAGCCCUCAGUUGAUACACCAUCUGAGUAGGCAGGGCUCCUUGGGAGACUGAGGGAAAAGGAGACUGAUUAAGUUGAAUGGAGAGUAAUGGAAUAGACUGACAAAGCUCCACAGCUCAUUAUGACCACAAAGCAGCAAAUGGUACAUAAGUGUGUGUGUGUGUGUGUGUGUGUGUG